GGCGGAUGAUUCACUACGGUCACUACCCGCCUGGAUCUCGAACUGCGCGUAUUCCCGCGUCACUAGUUGCUCCCCACAUUGAUUCCUCUUUCUCUCUCUCUCUCUGCAGUACAGAGACUCCCCGCCUCGAGAAGUGAAAGAGUCCGACGGCGAGCGCAUUCCUGCUUUGGCAGAGCGCCGCGAACAGUUUCGUUCUUUUGGAUUUCUUCGAUCGAGUGAAACCGCAGAUUUCUCUCAAAACUACUGCAGUCGAGGAGGAUUUUUUGUUUCAUUUGUGUUGAAGUGAGAUACGACUUUUGUGAAUAACCAAAUGGUUGUGCUCGAAGAGGGCAGUAUGCUGACCACCGGACACAAUCAGUACCUGCAACCGGAUUACCUCUCUCCGCUUCCAACCACGUUGGAUGCGAAGAAGAGUCCACUGGCUCUCUUAGCCCAGACCUGCAGCCAGAUCGGCGCGGACUCGCCAACGAAGCCCUUGAUCACGCCGAUGGACAAAUCGUCGAAAGGCUCGUCCGCGCGCUCGCCGCCGGCAGCCAAGCUCGAGCGGACUCGCAGCAGCCCGUCCGACGGCAGCCACAACAACAACAACAAUAACCAUAAAUCCUCGGCAAACUUAGCCUUUAAACCAUACGAGACAAAUGUUGUGUCGACGAAACGCUCGUCCAGCGGCAGCAGCGAGGAGCAGCUCUCGAGGCCCGCCUCCAAGGCCAGCAGUGUGCACAGUGCAAGUGGCAACAGUGGCCCCGACAGUGCUAAUAACAGUGCCAGUGGUGACGGCUCCGAGAGCUCAAGCUCGCACAAAAAGUCACGCUCGACCCCGCUUGGUCGCAAGUCCGCCUCGCCGGCCACGAGCCAGCAGCAGGCCAGCGCGACCAGCAACAGGAGCAGCCCCAGCAGCGCAGACCGCAAGACCCCGGCCGACCGCGACAAGUCCAGCGCGUCGCCCAGGAACAGUAGCAGCGGUGCCAGCCCCGUCAUCCGCUCGGGCAUGGAAAUCCUCUCCGGGCAGGCGGGCAAAGACGCCGCGGCCGCUGCUAACUUGCAGAACAUGUACAAGGCCGCGGCCUUCGGAGCGGCCAAUCCGCUCUGCUGUCCGCCGGGCCUCGCGGAGAAUCCGGCCUUCCGACCCCCCUUCGCCGGCGCUUCGCCGUUUGCAUCGCACCACCACGCGGCCGCGGCCGCGCUCCUUGGCUACCCCGGAGCCGGCGGCUCGCCGAACAGCAACCCGUACCUCAGCUACAUGCGCGUGAAGACUCCGUCGGGCGGCGAGACCCUCGUGCCCGUCUGCAAGGACCCCUACUGCCAGGGCUGCCAGUACAGCAUGCAGAGCGCGCAGAUGAUGAUGGCCGCGGCCGCGGCAGCGAACAGCGGCGCCAGUCCAUCCGGCGCCUGCCCCAGCGGCUGCACGCAGUGCGACCACCAGAAGUACAGCCUCAUGGCCCUGGGCUCGCUGGGCCCGAUGCCGCCGCCGUCGCUCGCUGGCUACCCCUCGUCUCUCGGUGGUCCCGGAGCAGCCGCCGCAGCAGCCGCCGCCGGAAGGCCCCACGUCUGCAACUGGGUCGGCGGUGACUCCUACUGCGGCAAGCGCUUCGCCACCUCGGAGGAGCUCCUGCAGCACCUGCGCAGCCACACGAACAUCGCCAACGGCGCGGACGCCGCUGCCUUGCUCGCCGCCGGCCAGCACUCGCAUCAGCUGCUCUCCUCGACGGCCGCACUCCACAGGGCCGCCGCGGCAGCCGCCGGCAGCUAUCCCGCGCCGUCACUGAGCCCGCUCAGCGCGCGCUACCACCCGUACGGCAAGCCGCCGACGGGCCCGAUGGCAGCCUCGCUCGCCGCUUCGCCCUACAGCGCCUUCAACGCACUCGGAGGCCCGUACUACUCGCCCUACACCAUCUACGGGCAGAGGAUCGGCGCCGCCGUACACCCCUAAGUGCUUACACCGCGACUUGAAUCUGUGUACCAAGUUCUUGAAGCGCACGACCGGGAGGAAGUGUGCUCGGCAACCUGAAGAGAGAAGCGCGCCGCACCGCGACACGGCUCGGCUCUUCGCGACAGGGAUUUGUGCUCUGUGACAACGCGUCGCUCGCGAAGAGCGAGGGAAGGAAGACGUUUCUUUCGUCGCCGAUGUGCCCGCGUGUGUGCAGUGCGUCACGUACGAGAGAGAGAGAGAGAGAGAGAGAGAGAGAGAGAGAGAGAGAGAGCCACGACUGCUCUAUUUGACGAAACUCGUAUCUUCUCUCGGCGGAGAGGAAUACUCUUUGUCCAUAAAUGUAACUGUGAUAUUGUACUGUUCUCUCGGAGUUAUGUAGGCAAGCCGUUGGAGCGUAGGAGAGUCUUUUACGAUUUCGUUUCUCUUCUUCGUUCGUUUGUUAGUUGGAAAAGGAAAGUGAAAAAAUUACGACGCGCCGUCGUACACGUUUAUAUUUAUAUCGUCUUAUUUAUUUAUGUACGCGAUUCUCGUCGGCCGAGGCGAGAAUUUAUCGUUUAACGAAGAAGGAGAAGCGGAUGAGCGAAAAAAAAUUGUAUAAAAUUGCGAUACUAUGUUAUAUAAUGUGCGUAGCGAUGACUUUUCGUUCUGGACUAUCGAGUAUUUCCUCGGAAGAAUCCGGUUUCGCGCGCGACGCUGCUGUACAUAAAAAUGUUUCGUUACAAACUUAUAUUCGAGGCUCGAUGAGAUGCGAUAUAAUCGGGUGUCGAGCGAGCGAGAUAAAGUAUGUUCGCCUCAUCUAACUGUGCGCCAGGCUCGUCGUCGAUCGCGGGCAUGCACUGCGAGAUAAUUUAAUAUUACACGUAUAUAAUUAUGUCAUGAGCACUGUAUAUACGACCUGUAAAUAUCGUUGAGUUUCCAUACCGCUUUAAUAAACACGUUUGUAGAAUCACAAA